AUGGGAGUUAAAGGGGGCUUCGCCAGUUUGUUCUCCGAAAAGAAAGAAGCGCGAGCCCUGAGAGACGUAUGGCAGGAGCUUCGAGCGAAAGACUCGACUCCGUUGCCGUUGAUUGUCGUUGACGGUAUGAACUUCCUGAUGUGCCUUGCUGGUCGGGUGGAGGGAUCAGGACUCCCACGCUUGCAAGAACUGAAUGACCUGUUACGGUGCACCCUUACAGCUAUCCUAAAGGCUUGCCCCGACGCAUCGCUACACUUCGUUUUUGACGGGCUCCGCGAUGAGGAAGGGUAUCAGACCAAGGCUUCCGAAACCUCCAGGCGCCGGGUGAAGGCACUUGCAGAAACAGCUGAAGCCGUUGCCACCUUGCAACAGCUCGGGUUUUCCAGACGUGGCGGUGCUGUCAGGGCCACCUUACCCUUGAUGACACUCCUGAAGGAAGUUGCGGGCAGCUUACCAGGGACCGGAACCCACCGCAUUUUCAGGGCUCAGUCCCGUGUCACCGACCCUGAUGUCGCCGUGGCACUGUAUGCCACGCAGCAUCGCGCGGUUCUGCUUCUGUCCGACGACUCAGACUUCAUUGUUAGCUUUGAAGGCUGCAUUCUGUUGGGCCGGUCGUUCGAGUUCUGCCCCGAACCAGACGGCCUGAAAGCCAAGACCCUCUCUGUGAAGGACAGGUGUUUCAUUCUCGGUGUGGGUAGUAUGGACGACUUGCGCAUCUAUGCUUGUCGGGCAGGCACUGAUCUCACACCGUCUGUGGAGUCCGGGCCAGAUGAGCCAGGCUGUUUGGGCGAGAAGCCCCCCUGGCGAGAGGUCGUAGCUGACCUGCUCAGGGAACAUGCUGAUGCUGAGCUCUUCUUCAGACAGUAUGACCUGUCAAGUUACACCGAAGACGUAGCAAACACAUGGAGAUACGGUGGUGAACUUGCGUGCGGCCUUACAUCCAUGGUGCCACCCGGCGAUCUGGAUCCCUUGGCUGAAGAAUUCUGCAAUGAAGUGAACGUCCGGCCGGCUGAUGGCGCUGAUGCCCUCUUGGCCACGUCGCGGCUCUUUCGAGCUUUUUGCCAUGGCCACCUCUCCAGUCAGACGUUAAAUCUCCUGCGACGUCAGCGGGCCUUCACCAGCUGCGAGCCGGCCGACUUCGUGAUGUACACAGGUACAAGCGGAAGAGAUAGCAGGCCCGUGCACGACUUGAGCAAGGCUUGGAUUGCGCGUGUGGCCGCGCUCUUCUUGGGGAAGCCCGGAGGCGAUAGUUGGGAGGACGAAGACCAGGACCGGGAUCUUCGAUUCCAGCAAGUCGUUUUGGAAGGGGUUUCUACGGCUGCCCUUCAACAAGCCUGGAAGCUUGGCCGAGAGAUCGCAAGUGCCGAGAAAGAGGCUCAUGAAUGUCGGCGUCAGCAUAUGGAAGAUAUGGAGCAGAAAUAUGCACAUGCUUCAAAAGAGGAGCAGAUCAGGGAACGCCGACAAAAGCUCGGCUUGGAGUUGCUGGACCAGCUUGGUGCCAAGGGUGGAAUGACAGAUGUUGAGAAACUGAAGCUCACCGAGGAACAGGAACCGCUGACAGCAGCAAAGCUCCCUCAGUGGUUCUGGGACGACCAUGACGAUUCGGACACUCUGCGUGCACGGCAGUUCUUCUACAUGGUCACUGGGCAUGAGCUUCCGGAAGACUACUUGGAACUAGUUCGACAGGUGAUCACGCACAAGGACGUGGGCGAAGCUGGUGUGAACCAUCAUUUGCUUUUCAUCCUGGCUCUGAUCACCGUCUCUGGUGAUGUUGUUUCCGGCAGUCAUCUUGAGGAGAUGCUUGCGCAUCUGCCAAGGGUGCGGCAGGUGGAGGGUCUGCGAAAGUUGCUGCCCAGAUCAAGUCCACCGCAGAUCCCGAGUCGCUUGGUCCUUGGUGGUCUUUCCUGGAGGCUCCUCUCCUGGUUGCAGGAGGCCUUCUGCCUAACCGGUGGCGAUGGUCCUCUCUUCCGCAGGCAUCUGCAGCUCCACGGUGGGCCGGUCCUCCUGGAGGGGAAGGCAAACAGCUAUCGAGUCCGGGUGCGAGGCUUGGGCCGGAAUCAAACGGUCUGCGAGGAGGACGUCGCCGCGGUCGAGAGAAUGCUGGUCCAAGUCGGAGGUCAAGCAAGCAGGGACGGCGCAGUCACACUUAGAGUCACUCACAUGAGUGAGAAGGAUGUGCUCAAGUUCCAGCGGCGCCUGGUGGUGAUCCGGGAAUCUCCCCUGGUGUUGGAAGUUUAUCGUCUAAGCUACUGA